AUGGCCAUGACUUUGGACCGAGCCGAUUACGACCCCACGCGGACAGAUGUGCUGAUGGCGCCGGCCCACUUGUCGCAUGCCCGGUAUGUUCAAGAAGCUAUGCUGGUGGCAGACCCUGCUGGAAAGUUGUCGUUUCCACAAAAGAUCGGAUCCAGAACUACAAAGCGAUUGCUGUCCAAGGUGUCCAGGGGUCCACUUGGAUUGAAAUUCCGGAGAGGAAAUACACUCACGAAAUGCAACCGUUGUGUUGCACUUGGAAAUGAUCGAGAGGAUGUAAACAUAAUCGAUGGACGGCGGUACACAAAUGGCGAACUGCUGGCAGGUCAUCUGCGGAACGUGGGCUUGGACAGAGACUACAUUGCAUCGGAAGAAGUGGUAUCCGUUUGUAGGCCUAAUCACUCCGUUUUGAUCAAGAUGGAUGCAAUGUCGAAGGAGGCAACUGCUCUUCCAUUGUUACAUGGAAAAAACGCCAAGAACUUGUCGGCGCUCCACUCUCGAAUGCCAUACCAACUGCACAUGGCUAUAGUUUGUAGGCGAAGGGAAGGUAAGGUAUACAAAAAUUGUAUGCUAUAUCGCUGUUAGCCUUCUUAUAUUUUUUUUUAUUUCAGUGGAACCGUACCAGUUCUUGCAGGACACGAUGGGAUAUCUGGACGCAUACCUUCUGCCGUCUUCAACUGGGGCCGACCACAUCUUGAGCCUUCUUUUGGUGACCCUUUCAAACCUCGAUGUGCUUCCGCCGAAUAUAAUCGUAAAUUUGGAUAACGCUCCAUCGAAUAAGUCUAAGACGAUUUUGUAUGGAAUUUUGAUGAUGAUGCUCGCCAUCCCCGAGCUUUCAACAGUGACUUUGUUUUAUUUGGCGGUAGGCCAUACUCAUAACGAGGUAGGCAUGCAGUUCGUUACUUUGACUAGAAAUGUUUUCAGCUCGAUCGAAGAUUCUCGGUGGUCCGUGAGAAACUGAACAGCACGGACAUUACAACAACGCAUCAAAUGAAGGACGUUGUGAAGAGCUGUGGUGUCUCUACAAUCAUGGAUACCAUUCCUCUGUGGGCGUUCCGAGAAGCAUCCGAAUCUGUCCCUGCGAUUCCCAACAACAUCUUCUCGCAUCACGCGUUUCAACUGACCCGGACUGGCAUCGGAAUUGAGCUCCGAUGUAAACCAUUCAUCCGAAGUCACUCAUACGUCGAGCUGAGAAAGGCGGCCGGCACAAGGUUGGAAAUGACGGAAACAUCUUUAAUGUUACGGAAGGUAAGCAGGCUGGAAACACUUUUUCCCUACUUAUGUUUUGACUUUCCCCCUCAAACUGUUUCCGCCGCAAAAGCAGGCUGUUAGGCAUAGGCAUUUUAUUGUAUCAUUUCAAUUUGCCUCAUUGCCACGUAAACCCAUUGCACCACCAUUAAAUUUUACUGUUAUUGUCAAAAUACGAACAAAAAAGGGGGGAGGGGGCGGCCCGCUGCGCGGAGCGCGACUCCCGAAAAUAUAUGCAGGUUGAAAGACGUUUUCGCCUACUUAUUUUUUCUUUCAAAAUACCUUCCUUCCUAUGUAUAUGCAGGCUGAAAGACGUUUUCACCUACUUAUUUUUUUUCAAAAUACCUUGCUUCCUAUGUAUAUGCAGGCUGGAAGACGUUUUCACCUACUUAUUUUUUCAAAUGAAUUGUCUUUUGCAGUUUACCGCCGAGCCGUUGCGCGAAUAUAGAACACCCAAAAAAAGUAAGAUUUCGAAUCUAUGAGCGCCCCCGAGCCCGGCAACACCCUGCCAGAAGGCGCGAAACAAGUGAUUGUGUAGCAACCAACCCUUUUACUAGCUCUCCACGUCCAGUACAACAAUCCAUGGCCAAUGACAAUGACUUUUGAACAGGCCGUCACCACAGCGCAUCCGAAGUUUCCAGAUUACGUGGCGGACGUGUUAAACAUGUGCUUGUUUUACCUGGACAUGACUGAAGUAAGUGUUCUAAGUCAUUCUUUAGCCUACAAAAUGGUCGUGAGUUUAGUACAAAAAAAACCGCGUAUGUAGGCGUAGUAAACCGUUCGCCCACCUAAAAGUAGGUAAAAGCUACAUUUUGCCUACUAUGCUAAGACACUCAAAUCCCCCCCCCCCACACCAGUGCAGCCCUCACCUGUGCAGUUGCCACAAAAUGCCGUCCGCCAACCGCUAUGCUAUCGACAAAAAGCAUGGCAAAAUAUAUUUUGGGUCACCGAUGCCCUCUAUGCCGGAAGAGUGUAUACACAUUCGAGACAUGUAAAUGUUUGACAAUUCGUUUUUAAAAUGUAGUUUUACAAAUUUGUAAGAAGGUGUACGCCACCAGUAAAAACCUAAUGAAGCACGUGCGUCAUCGGCACAAUGUGACGCUUGAGGACAUUGGAACAGAACCAAUCAAAAUGAAAGAGUGACGGCGUAAGUCUGCCAUUUUUAUAAAUUGUAUAUUCUACUAUUGAUAUUGAUAAAGCAGAAAAACACAAUGUCUCUCUCUUGGAAAUUGGAAGUUGCAACGCAACCCACUCAAACGGCCUUUCGGUAAGUCUACCAUUUUUAUAACUCUUAUAUCGAUUCUACUGACAAACUAGUAAAAAAAUAACGCAUCCUUCGGUUGUCAUCUGUGCCGAUAGAUGUUAUAUGCCCAAGAGCCACUUGUGGUCAUGCCCACAAGUGCUACACUUUCGACAGAAGCAUCAGCCUGGAAACGGAGUUCGUGAUCUUUGUCAGAACCAGAGGCGAAGGAUUCAUUCUACAAUCUGAUUUAGAAUGGCUUUGUUAUCCAGAUGUGAGGAGACUGCUAAUGGGGAUGAGUAGGGCGAAGAGAGGACAAGUGAUUUUGGCCUGUGUGGACGAUAACAAAGCUCGCCUCAAUCCAACAACGACUCUGGAGGGACUGACCAACUACCACACUUUUCCUUUCCCUAUCGCAAGUUUAAUCGCUUACUUGUUCAUACUAUUUUACAUCAAAGUUUUUAAGUUAUAG